GGGACUUCCGCGCAGGGGAGUGGGAAGCGGGGGGCAGGCCGGGGCUCUCUGUUGACAUCCGGCCGCACCGCCGUGUCUGCUGGAUCCGCACGCCCGGAGCGCAGCACUGUGAUGCCCGCCUCGCCAGCGCUCCUGCCCGCUUUCCGGAGAACGGUUCCGUCGGUCGCAACGGUGCUUCUGCUGUAAUGAAAGAUGCUGCUGUCCCUGGGGAUGCUGAUGCUGUCUGCCACCCAGAUCUACACCAUCUUCACUGUGCAGCUGUUCGCCUUCCUCAACCUGCUGCCAGUGGAGGCUGACAUCUCCGCGUAUUCUUUCGACAACAAGAGCCAGAAUUUCGAUGACUUGCCGGCGAGAUUUGGAUACAGACUCCCCAGUGAGGGGUUAAAGGGUUUCCUAAUCGGGGCCAGACCGGAGAACGCCUGCGAGCCCAUAGACCCGCCUCCCGUGAAGGGAAACCUGACCGGGGCUUUCAUCGUCUUGAUAAAGCGCUUUGACUGCAAUUUUGACGUUAAGGGGCGGUUGCCUUUCUGGAUGUGUAGCAGAGUGAGGCCAAGCGUUCCGAGAGAGAGUUCCUUCCUAAGUCGACUGCUGGGUCGUUAUUGGACCUCGUUAGCUGGCAGGUUUCUCUCUCGGCCUCACCAGGACGGGGGGAACAGCACAGAACAGAACUCCGAAUUGCUGGAUCGGUCAGCCGGCAUUGUGCGUGUUCUGAAUGCGCAGAAGGCGGGGUACAAGGCAGCCAUAGUUCACAAUGUGGACUCUGACGACCUGAUCAGCAUGGGAUCCAACGACUUGGACAUUUUAAAGCAGAUAGACAUUCCCUCGGUGUUCGUGGGCGAAGACACUGCCAGGUCCCUCAAGGAGGACUACGUGUAUGAGAAAGGCGGCCAUGUGGUGCUCAUGCCCGACUUUAGCUUGCCGCUGGAGUACUACCUGAUCCCCUUCCUCAUCAUCGUCGGGAUCUGCCUGAUACUCAUCGUGGUCUUUAUGAUCACCAAGUUCGUGCAGGACAGGCACCGGGCCAGGAGGAGCCGUCUUCGGAAGGACCAGCUGAAGAAGCUGCCGGUCCACAAGUACAGGAAAGAAUGUGUAGGAGCUCUCCGCAAGGAGAUCAUUGGAUUAAUGUGUCUGGAAAAGCAGCCCACAGAAUCGCACCCCUGCACCACUGGAGCCGGACACGAUGUCGCUUGCUGGAGAGCCCCCCCACCCCCUUGAGCCUGAUUGGCGUCCAGUGGCACUGAGGAAAAACACUGCCUGGGUCCUUACAGGCACGAGUGAAACCCGUGCUGGUACGAGGUUCGUGUUCGUCUGGACAAAACUGGCCAAACCUGCGACAGGGGAGACGGGUGUCCUGUCCAGGUCAGGUGACAGAGAAUAGCCUCCUCCGCCCUGCUCUCUCAGCUCUGCAUGCUGACCUUGCCCCUGUAGCAGAUCGGAGCUUGUAACGGAGACUCCUGCCUCUCUAACGGCCCCAGAGCGAAGCAGGAGGCUGAGGCGGACUCUGGCUUGUGAGCGCUGGCUGGGCCGCACGUGUGAUCGAGCGCCACCGGUGAGGGCCUUGGCAGCAGACAGUCUCCUGUUCUCCUGGGCUGCCCAAAACUGCUCUGGAAAGCACAGUUUUCAUCUGCUUCACUCCCAUAGCCUGCUGCCACAGUCUUUGUCUCAAUUCUUACCUGGGGUUAUUGAAGAAAGGUGGGUGUUGUCAGUCUUUCUUGUUUUGUCUUUGUUUUUUUUGUACAGUACAAUUAAAAUGAAUCCAUCCAGAGUAUUUGUAUGACAGGAAUAACACUGAGUGUGUGCGCCAAACGCAUUGACCAAACCUUUAAUAAAAAAUAGUGUUACUUUGAAAUAUCUGGUUGUUCGUGGAUUGAUGCCUUCUGAGUGGCUGUGGUGUACUUUAUCACUGGUAGUAAAGUAGUUUGUAAUCUGAAGAUCAGUUUCAGUUUGAAAGUCUAUUUAGGUUAGUUUCUCCUCAGUCCGUUCUUAGCAGCAGUAAAAAAAUACGCAAUUUCCUGAGCAACUUCUGAAUUCGUUCUAGGUGGAGUACCCCUAGGUAUUAUUAAUUUAAUAAUAAUAUUAUUAAGCACCAACCAAUACACUUACAGGCAAAACAACACAUGUUGAAGCUGGAUGUUUUUCGAUUGAUUGCACUGAACCAGGCUACUGGGCAAUGAGUCUUGUGCUUGUCACCAGUACACACUGCCUGUUUGUAGAUUUUAGAUACAUGAGCUCAUAUCUCUCGCCACAGUAAUAAGAUUGCUCAAGUAGCAGAUUAUUCUUCAGUGACCACAUGAUUCCUCAUCAGUGUGCUUGUUAUUAUCACUUAUUCCCGCAUAAAGUCAAGUGUGAUCCACAAAAAGAGCUGUUUAUUUACCAAACGUUUAACUGGUUUAACAGAGCCUGCAGUUAUGGAAGUGCAGGUCUGGUCAAGUUGCUGCUCCCCUGAAGGACAAAUGAUCUGCGUCAGUCUGGCUGAUGGUGGCUAUCGCACAAUAAGCAAGCUGUUAUGAGAUCACGUCAAAUUGAAUCAAAAUACAGUCGCCUCCGUUCAGAAGGGCUGUGUUCUUUGAAACCCCAAAUAUAAAUACUCAGAUAGCAAUUAAAAGACUUAAUAAGUGCACAGCAGCAAAAGGGAAAAUAAUUAAAAUAUGGCAUGCAUCUAAGCAUUAUUGAUUUCUUUCUUGGGUUUCUUAAUUUCAAGACAGAAAUUGACUUCAGCUGCAACAAAUGAACACAUACCACACACUUUUAUCCAAAAAUGAACAUGCCAAAAUUAAACAUUUUAUUUUACACAUAAAAAAACACAGAAGCCAGGUGCAGAGACUGUGAGCAAGGCAGUUAAAAUGACAGGGACUGUUGUCUUAUUCUUCAGUUUAAAGCCCAGUCCUGAGCGUCAGUCUGGCUUCUCUUUGUAGACUGAUAAUCCUGUUCCUCUUUGUUUUCCUCUUUAAUAGCGUGUUAAUGUCUGGGUUAUUUUCACAUUCUUCUGUAACAAGCUUUAUUUGUAAACUUCAAAGAUUGCAUUAUCAACACUGGCAAGAAAAUAGCGUAGUAAUGUGAUUUAAAUUCACGUUUCCAGGAAUAAACAGUCAUUAAUCCCGCCCCGCCCCCCCCACAAGAACCGUACUGAGUUUUCAGAAUCCUGGAGGAUGUCAGAGGAUUCUUAAACAGUUUCUCUUCUCUCCUGCUUACACAGCGAAGCACUCAAGUGCUAAUUAAGAAACUGGCAGGAAUAAAAAGGUAGGCGUGAGGAGAUGUCGGAUUUUCAUGUCUCACACUGAAGCACUGAGGCAGGAGAAUACAUUCCGGCAUUUCCAUUCAGACAGUGGUGAUGGCAGCACGCACACACACAUCGAAUAAACAGAGCAGGGCAGAGCAGAACUGCCCAUACACACUCCGGCCGAAUAAGGCCUCCCAGGCUCCCAAGACGUUUCUUUUAUUGAUGUUUUGUAUUGGUUUUCUGCUGCACGACAUUUUCUUGCACGGCAUUCCCAUCAUUCAAAUCCACAUGUGCCAAAGGAAGUAUCUUGUACUUUGCUGUUAAAGUCGUUCCAUUGCAAUAAAGAGUACAGUUGCAUUCUUUUUGAAACGUUAUCUGCGUUUUGGACCGGGAUAGUCUCUGGUAGAUGAUGAUCUGUGGUACCAUCCUGUAGCCUUCCUUUGUGAGCUCUUGGGAGUUGAGCAAUGCUAGCAGGGCCAGGCCUGGUCAGUACUGGGUUUGGAGACGAGAAGGAAAACCAGGUUGGUGAUAUAAGUGGUGGUCGACCAGUAGGGUGGCGUCUAUCCCUCUGGACUUGAAUUUCCAGACCGUUGACCCGGUGUGGUGACCGAGGACAAUGUGUCGUCCCAGGUGCCACCCAUUGUAUAAGAUAUCAAGCCAAGAAUCUGAGUGCUUGGCCAUUACACAUGUCGUGGUUCCUUUCAGAGGAUUAAGCCCGUGUCGAACCAAAUCUGACCGUUCUGACCGCAUUAGGCUGUGGGCUUGAGCUGACCUUCCUGAAUUGCCCCCUUGAUCCCGCUGGUGAGGCAGUUUUUCUCACUCCUGCCCCUGGUCUGUGUGCGAGCCGGGUCUGAGGGGGGCGCGGUUUGUGCGGCAUUUAUCCGAGAAGCACGUGAGUGUUGUCCAGCACAGAAUCGGUGGCUCAUGGUGCGCUCGCUGACGAGGCUUUGUGUGCGCUGGUGCAGGAGAACGACGGCCAUGCACGCUUAGUUAUCAAAAGCGAAGACAACAGAACAAAGAGGAUCUGAGUGAUGUGUGUUUUAGGAGAUCUUCCCAGCUUACAAUUUUCAGUUGUAUUGUUUUUUUUUGCGGUACAAGAUCUACCAGAGAGUCAUUUUGCAUGAUGUCAGCUUGACAGCAAGCCUGAUUGUGCGAUUUUAAACGACGGGGCUCCAGCUGUGAAGGGGGAUUAUUUCCACAUUUAAAAGCAGUAGAGUGUGAGUCACUCAGUCGGUUCGGUGUUGAAUUUUCCAUUGCCAGCAGCAGGGAGAACAGCCCGUGUUUGAAGAACGUAAGCCCUUUCUCACACGUGCACCGCACUGGCCAGCGCUGCAGGACUGUCCCGCAGCCCGUGAGCGGAGCUCUUUCCCUUUUGAGGAGCUUUCUUCAGUCUGGUUUUCCGCCGGCCGGCUGUACAGCUCGGCUGGAGGGGAGCUGAUAAUAUCUGCUGGAGCCGCCCUGCCGCUCCAGCGGAAGCAGAGGGGGGAGGGAGCACUGGCGGAGUGGCAUUCGCUCUGCUGGAGAAGAUCGAGGUGUAAAACUGUGUGAAUCCAUCUGGCUUGUCUGCAAAGGCGCAUAUUCUGAAGGUGCACUUUGUUCACUCUGCAGAGACGAGGCCCGGAAGCUCCAUAUCAGUCCCUUUCACAGCUGGGUCUGGUCUCGUCUUUGUAGGGGAUUGGGAAAGCAGCCAGAGUGAGUUGGGGCCACAUCAUUUUUUUUUGUCUUGGUGAUGAAAAUUCAAGCCCAUAUAGAACUAGAACUUCCUUCUGAAAACAAAGUUUCACCCAACAGAUUUUUCAGGACACUGAAUUAAGAGUUAGUGAAAAACAUUUCAAAGUUUUUUUUAAUUGUGUUUUGUAUAACCUCGAGCAGUUGUAUUUUCCGUUAUUAAAAGGAAAAUAAAGAAACUUAACAGCUUUCCAAAUAUGGCCAUUUGCAUUUUGGCUCAGUGCUGCACAUGCCUCAUCUUCCCUUCCCAGUGUUCCACGUGUGCUGGUCUGGGCACCACUUCCUGUCUGAGCAGAGGACAAAGCUGCAUGUCUGUACUCAGUGGUCUUACUCACCCACUAGUCACAGAGUCCUGAUGUGGGCAACACACAGCGCAGCAAACCUCCAGGCAGCUGAACGUUGUGCAAGUUCACUUAUAUCGCUUACAGUAUAUCCAAGCUAGUUCAGGCCUUUCUGGUGCAACUCGGGGUCCUGCACACAAUUGUGUUUAUGGCUUUCAAGGAGUCGGAUGCAAAGUUGUUUUGCAGCAGAAUUUCCCAGUCUCAAACAAAGAUUCCUUUCUUCUGUGCUUUACGUACUUCUAUAUUUCCUCUCUUUAAAUCCUUGUUUUCUUGGCUAAUGGAUGAUUCAUUUCAUGGUGUGUUAGCUGACGAGGCUUUGCGUGUGCUGGUGCAGGAGAACGACAGUCAUGCACAUUUAUAUGAGUUAUCAGAAGAGAAGACAACGGAACAAAGAGGAUCUGAACUAUUUUAGCAGAUAGUUUAUUGUCCUACUGUGCUCCCAUAAUUAUACAACAGGAUCCCCAAAUGCUUUAAGGUUGUCCUGGGGUAACAAUUAGAUGUAUUCCCUGCUGAAAAAAAGAAGAAAGAAAACACAACGUUUCGGCUG